AUGGGAACAGGCCUGGCUCAAGGGGUAGGCAGUGGUGAUGGUGGUGGAGGUCGUGGCGGUGGCGAUGACGAUCGUCGUUGUGGCAAUGGUGGUGGUGGCAGCGGCGGCAAUGGCGAUGGCGAUGGUGGUGGUGGUGAUGGUGGUGGUAGUGGUGGAGGUCGUGGUGGCAGUGAUGAUGGUGGUGGAGGUAGUGGCGAUGAUGGUGGUCGUUGUGGCGGCGGCAGUGGAUGUGGUGGUGGUGGACUUUGUGGCAAUGGUGGUGGUGGUGGUGGCGGCAAUGGCGGUGACAAUAGUGGUGGUGGUGGUGAUGGUGGUGGUAGUGGUGGAAGUCAUGGUGGUGGUGGCAGUGGCGAUGGUUGUGGUGGAGAUGGUGGUAGUGGUGGAGGUUGUGGUGGCGACGGUGGUGGCAGAUGUCGUGGUGGUGAUGGCGAAGGUGGUGGUGGCAGCGAUGGUAAUGGUGGUGGCAGUGGCAAUGGCACUGGUGGUCGAGGAGGCCGUGGUGGUGGUGGCUGUGGCAAUGGUAGUGGUGGUAGUAGUCGCGAUGAGGGUGGUCGUGGAGGCCAUGGUGGCAGUGGUGGCGAUGACGGCAGUGGUGGUGUUGGUGGUGCAAGAAUUUGA